AUGGAUAAGAAAUCAUUUGAAACCGUGCUGGAUGAAAUUAGAAAGGCUGUAUUGACUGAGUACAAAUUAAAAGCUAUUGAAUAUGUUCAUGGAUACUUUUCUAGUGAACAGGUCGUUGAGUUACUGAGAUACUUUUCCUGGGCUGAACCACAGCUCAAGGCAAUAAAGGCUUUACAACAUAAAAUAGUGGCAGUUCCGGCAUCAAAAAUGGUUAAUAUUCUCAACUGCUUCACAUUCAGUAAAGAUAAACUUAUUGCCCUUGAAAUCUUAGCUUCCAACAUUGUUGAUGCUCAGAAUUAUCGCCUUAUUGAAGAUCUGUUCAGAAUUAAUAUGUCAGAGAAGAAAAGGUGCAGAAGAAUUCUUGAGCAGGCUUCAAAAACAGGUUGUAAGGCUCCUCAUGCUAUGAUAUCGUCCUGUGGCAUGAUUCCUGGCAACCCUUAUCCCAAGGGCAAACCGAGCCGCAUAAAUGGAAUUUUCCCAGGAACCCCUAUCAAAAAGGACACAGAAGAAUGUACUAAUGAAGGAAAAGGAAUAGCAGCCCGUAUACUUGGACCAUCCAAACCAGCUCCAUCAACCUACAACCCACACAAACCAGUUCCAUACCCCAUCCCACCAUGUCGGCCACAUGCAACUAUUGCACCAAGUGCUUACAACAAUGCUGGCUUAGUUCCAAUGGCUAAUGUCAUAGCUCCAGGCUUACCAGCUCCUCCGCCAUACACUGCUAAUCAAGUGGUAUCAGAAAAUGAGGACCUUUCCAGCCAGGCAAAACCUUCCCAAAAUCAAGCUUUUUCUGCACAAGCGAAUCAGCUCUUUACUCCUCAUGGUUCUAAUCCUUCAACACCUGCUGCUACUCCAGUCCCUACCCCAUCACCUGUCAAGGCAAUAAGCCAUCCAUUAGCACCUGCAACUCCACUCAUCUCUGGGAUGAACAUGUCUACCCCUGUCCUUCCUGUUUUCCCAGGACAGGUCUCCUCUGCCAUCCAUACGUCUCAGCCAUCCACCCCAACCCCUACUGUCAUCAAAUCCCUUUCAUUGCCUGGUGUUCCUGUCACAUCUGUUCACAGUGCAACCUCUACCCCUAUCCCUGCAGUUUUUUCUGGGCUGGCUUCUAUACCCACUGCUACGCCCGCUCCACAAGGUUCUGCCACACCAUGCGCCACACCUGCGCCUAGCGAAGCUUUCGCAUCUGCUGCUGCACCAUUUGCUGGCCUCCCGUUUUCUGCAACCUCUUCAAUUGCUUCCGCUAAUAAUCCCACUCCAUUGUCAUCCGUUUUUGCUGGCCUCCCUUUGUCCUUGCCUCCCAACGCCCAAGGGAUUUCUAGUCCUGUUCCAUCUACAAUUGCUAAUUCUCCUGCCACUACCAUUCCUGGUUCACUUAGCUUGCCUAACCCAAUUUUGUCUGUCUUAAAGGGAUUUCUGACAUCAAAUGACACUUCAUUAAUCAAUUCAUCUGCUUUACCUUCUGCUAUGACAAGUGAGCUUGCUUCUUUAUCUGCUCUUGCUAAUCAAAGCCCUGACCCUCCCACUUCCUCUGUCAACAAGUGUUACACUCCAUCAGCCACCCCCACUCCACAGCGUUCCUCCACACCCGGGCUGGCCAUUUUUCCAGGUCUUCCAUCCCCAUCUGUCACCAAUUCUAGUUCCACUCCUCCAACAUUGCCUGCACAGUCACCUUUAACCACUUCGCCGUCGAUUAUGCCAGUCAACUGUGGCUCAUCAGCUUCCCUCUUACAUGGCACAAGCCCUACUAAUCCUGAUCAGCAGCUCUCAUCAGCCCCAGCUGCCACAAGUAUCCCAGUUCUGGUCAAAACAGAACCCAUGAGUCCUACCCUCUCGGCCUUCAAAGGUCCUUGUCAUUCGGCCGGCCCUUCCCAUGGCACUAUAGGGCUGUCCGCGCUCGGGCGUGCAUACACCUCAGCAGCUUCGGUGCCAGUCAGUUUACCCAGUUCCCUGAAUCCAGCGCUAUCAGGUCUCUCCUCUUUGAGUGCUCCUCUAAACAAUUCCAGUUCUCUGGCUUCCAUUUCCCUCGCCCCACAUGGCUCCUCUGCUCCCAUUGCCCCUGUGUUCAAUGGACUUCCUCCUUUUACGUCUCUAACCAGUAACUUUGCUUUUACUGGUAAUCCAGCACUUACGCCACCCGUCACUCUCCCAGGGUCUUUGUUAGCUACUCCGUCUACAACCGCUUCAGCCGUGUCUGCCCCUCAUGUGAGUUCCACCGCCGCCGUACUCUCAGGACUCGCCGCCUCAGCAACAGUCUCUGCUCCACCCUUCUCGCUUAACUUGUCCAGUGCCGUCCCUUCCCUUUUUUCUGUUGCCCAGGGACCUCUGGGAUCAUCAAACCCAUCCUUCCCUGGUUUUCCUGUCUCUAACACACCCUCUGUCACUCCUGCUCUCCCUUCUUUCCCUGGCCUCCAGGCAUCUUCUGCAGUAGCAGCAGUUGCACCGUUGCCGGCAGCUGCCACAGCCCCAUCUCCGGCUCCGGUCCUGCCAGGGUUUGCCUCGGCCUUUAGCUCAAACUUCAACUCUGCACUUGUUGCACAGGCUGGCUUGACUUCUGGACUACAGACACCAGGAAAUGCAGUUUUCCCUGGUCUUUUAUCUCUCCCUGGUAUCCCUGGCUUUCCCCAAAGUGCCGCACAGUCUUCCUUGCAGGAAUUGCAGCAUAGUGCGGCUGCACAGUCAGCACUACUACAGGCACAUUCUGCUUCUGCUCUGGAGAACUAUACAGCUCAGCCUGAAGGUUUUGCUAACUAUCCGUCAACACCAGGAACACCAUUUUCAUUGCAGACAAGUCUGCCCCAGAGUGGAUGGCAAUAAAUACCAGACAUUUUUAAAGACUGCAGAGGUUGCUUGACAGAGCCUGAUCCCAUUCACUUUGAAGGCUGUCUCCGUGUUAGUGGGAGCAUGGGCUGAAUUGGGGGAAGAGGGGGAAAACAUGAGGGUAAAAUGAUUCCAGGAGGCUGUGUGAGAUGUCAAACCUGAUUUAUGAUUGCAUUGAAUUGAUUCAGGGUCUGAUCCUGUGAAUUGCUGAGCGUCCUUGACUCUCCUUUUAGCUUAUGAGUUGAAUGUUUGAUGUCUUACAGGAUCAGGAACAUUCGGACAGAUGUUUAUGUAAAUAGAACAAUUGGCUGUCAAACUGAACGGGGA